UCAGUGGGGUAUAAAUGUGUGUGAGUAGAGCAUUACAGAUGCUAGAGCAGCCUUUCCUUCAGUCCUGCUGCUCACUUUCUGUUGAGAAUGAAAACACAGCAGCCUAUUGUAUAGUGCCCAGGUCAUCAAUCUGGACUUGUUUGUUAGGGUAGAACUACACAUUUUUGCACUUUCAACAUCCUUUCCCUUCAUUCUGAGCUUAUUUUUUGGAUAUGGGGGAACCAGAUAAAGCAUUAACCCGUCCCAUUUUCCGCAGAGAUGUAAACUGGGAACCCUUCCCAAACUGGACGCAGCCAAGCCGAAUCUUUGCGCAGGAUUUUGGCCUCCCACCUUUCCUGGACCCCAGCGAUAUAGACUGGAUCAACUGGUCAAAGAAGAGACUGGCUUCUUUCUCCUGGCCGGGGUAUGCACAAAAUCCCCUUCUGCCUCCAUUCAGUGGUCAGCACCCUGCAGCGUUGAACCCAAAGGCUUCAAAACAGCUGACAAGUGGGGUGACAGAGAUCCGGACAGGGCAGGACAGCUGGAAGAUUAACCUGGACGUCAAUCACUUCUCGCCAGAGGAGAUUACAAUCACAACCAAGGAGGGAUAUUUGCAAAUAUCAGGAAAUCAUGAAGAAAAGCAGGAUGAUCAUGGAUCUGUUUCAAGGUGCUUCACCCGGAAAUACAAGUUGCCACAGGGGGUGGACUUGCAGCACAUCACUUCUUCUCUGUCAGGUGAUGGAGUCCUGUCCAUAGAGGCCCCGGCCCCCGGGACAUCCGUCAGCAAUCCAGCCAAUGAGAUUGUCAUACCUGUUCAGAUCAAACACACGCAGGACGGUGACAAGUGAAGUGAGCUGGAAUUUGAAACCACCAUGAGAUGUAGCAGGAACUGUUGUGUGUAGCAACUUUAGGUGCACUGUGCACAGGCAUACACAACACCAAAUGUGUCCAUUAUUUAAUAACAAGCUUGUUUUAUUGCUAUAGGAGUCUGAUACUGUAUUGCAUUUACCAUUACAAUUACUUUCAAAAAUGUAAUGCAGACUCAUCAAUAUAACACAGAAUCGACUCUGACAUGUAAGGAGUUAUAUAUGCUUGUCAAUGCUUAUAAAAAUGAUUAGUAUGACCUUGUCUUCCUAACAACAUAGCAUCACUUGUUAUGCACUUCUAAUAUCUUAAUUGAUUACAAAUAUUACCAGCUUUAGUUGUGACUUUUAUGACGUAAGCAACUGUUGAGAAUAUUAUGGCUGACAAUACUGGCCAAUAAUGGACAGUGGAAAUUGAGUAUUUAUAUCUUAGCAGCUUGUGUGUAUAGUUCUGUGUAACAUGACAAUAUCAUCAAUAAUACAUUUAGUUAUUCGUUUUGCUUUGACAAAGAGCAACCAUGUAAAAGCUGUACUAUAGAUGAAUUAUGUGUUUGUCCUUUAUGUUGUACAUUGAUGUAAUGAAUACCAACAUAAUGAAGCUGAUAUAUUAUCUUCCACAAAUGUAUUAAACAGCUUCUGCCAUAUAAAUAAAAACAU